AAAUCCUCCGUUGUGCUCUUAGACAUGGGCCGCUUUUAUUCCCGCUUCUCCUACCGAAAUGGAGUCCACUCCUUCCGUUAUGUCAGGCAUUUUAUGGCUCUUAAAUGCGCCUCUCUUUCAGUUUCCAGAAAAUAGGAUGAGGUCCUGGGGGGAUUUUCUUUCCCGGGCCCAGAGGUUACGCGGAACUGGAGUCACCCGGAACUGGAGUCACCCGAAACUGGAUACUUGCGUCUAGGCGGAGCUUAGAGCGUGAAUACCCCGGGGCAAGAUGGCGACCGAGCAUCGGCCACUGCCCCGGGCUUGGCAGAACUCGGGGGGAUCGGGCUGAGGCGACGGGAGCGGUCUGGCCCCAAGCCGGUAAAAGUCUACUGCUGGCAGUGAGGAAGAUGUAUAAUCCCUCACCUGUAAAACUCAGUCCUGAACGCAGAAUUUUACCUAUGCUUCUUCUGCCAGAGAAGACAAGCCGUUCUGAAGUGAGAAGCUGCCCUCAGCUGUGAGUCCUGUGCCAGAUCACUAAUGAUUACCUGGCAUUUCUGCAAAACAGGCAGACCCUCAGGGUUUGUGCAAGGAUGGCAGACAUGUUCACUGUAUCUCAGACCUCGAGAGCAUGGUUCAUCGAUAGAGCCCGCCAGGCCAGAGAAGAAAGGCUCGUGCAGAAGGAGCGGGAGCGGGCAGCUGUCGAGAUUCAGGCCCAUGUCCGGAGUUUUCUCUGUCGACGUCAAUUGCAGAGAGAAAUCAGGAGAGAGAUUGAUGAGUUCUUUAAAGCAGAUGACACUGGGUCCAGUAAAAGAAGCGCACUUUGUAUCUUUAAGAUUGCCAGGAAACUGCUGUUCUUAUUCAGAAUUAAAGAGGAUAAUGAGAGAUUCGAGAAGCUGUGCCGCUCCAUCCUGAACAGCAUGGAGGCCGAGAAUGAACCCAAGGUGUGGUAUGUGUCCCUGGCUCUUUCCAAGGAUCUCACCCUCCUAUGGAUUAAACAGAUCAAAGACAUUCUGUGGUAUUGCUGUGAGUUUCUUGAGCAACUCAAGCCUGAAAUCUUACAAGACUCCAGACUUAUCACACUGUACCUCACGAUGCUUGUCACCUUCACAGACACUUCAACGUGGAAGAUUCUCCGGGGAAAAGGUGAGAAUCUUCGACCAGCCAUGAACCACAUUUGUGCAAAUAUAAUGGGACAUCUCAACCAGCAUGGAUUUUAUUUUGUGCUGCAGAUCCUGUUAACACGUGGCCUGGCAAGACCCCGGCCUUCUCUGUCCACAGGCACUUUAACUGCAGCCUUUUCUCUAGCAUUGCGCCCUGUGAUCGCUGCACAAUUUUCAGACAAUCUGAUCCGGCCAUUCCUCACCCACAUUGUGUCCGUGCCUGCCCUUGUGACUCAUCUCAGCACACUGACUCCCGAGCGCCUCACUGUUUUGGAAUCUCAUGACAUGCUUCGUAAAUUCAUCAUAUUUUUAAGAGACGAAGAUCGAUGUCGCGAUGUCUGUGAAAGUUUAGAAGGGUGCCAUACACUUUGUCUAAUGGGCAACCUCCUACACCUCGGCUCUCUCAGCCCCAGUGUGCUAGAGGAGGAGACGGAUGGAUUUGUGAGUUUGCUCACCCAGAUGCUAUGCUACUGUCAGAAGUAUGUGUCACAGAAGAAAUCCAACCUGACCCACUGGCACCCUGUCCUCGGCUGGUUCUCCCAAUCCGUGGACUAUGGCCUUAAUGAGUCAAUGCCCUUGAUCACCAAACAGCUGCAGUUUCUGUGGGGUGUGCCGCUCAUCCGGAUCUUCUUCAGUGACAUCCUGAGCAAGAAGCUGCUGGAGAACCAGGAGACGGCCCAUGCGCAGCCAGCAUCCCCACAGAACGUGCUUCCAGUGAAGAAUCUCCUAAAGCGUGCAUUUCAGAAGUCCGCAUCAGUUCGGAAUAUUCUCAGGCCUGUCGGGGGUAAACGUGUCGACUCGACAGAAGUACAGAAGGUUUGCGACAUCUGUGUUCUCUACCAGACCUCGCUGACAACUCUGACCCAGAUUCGGCUACAGAUUCUCACAGGUCUCACUUACCUUGAUGACCUGCUGCCCAAACUGUGGGCAUUUAUCUGUGAGCUGGGACCCCACGGAGGGCUAAAGCUCUUCUUGGAAUGCCUGAACAAUGACACUGAAGAGUCCAAGCAGCUCUUGGCCAUGCUGAUGCUGUUCUGUGACUGUUCCCGGCACCUCAUCACGAUUCUAGAUGACAUUGAAGUUUAUGAAGAACAAAUUUCAUUCAAACUGGAAGAGCUGGUCACCAUCUCCUCUUUUCUGAACUCCUUUGUGUUUAAGAUGAUCUGGGACGGAAUCGUAGAGAACGCCAAUGGUGAGACCUUGGAGCUGUUUCAUUCUGUCCACGGGUGGCUGAUGGUUCUCUAUGAACGGGACUGCCGGCGGCGCUUCGCCCCCGAGGACCACUGGCUGCGCAAGGAUCUCAAACCCAGUGUGCUAUUCCAAGAACUUGACAAAGACAGAAAACGGGCACAGUUGAUCCUGCAGUAUAUACCUCAUGUCAUUCCACACAAAAACAGAGUUCUCCUGUUCCGAAACAUGGUUACCAAGGAGAAGGAGAAAUUGGGGCUUGUGGAAACCAGCUCCGCCUCCCCUCACGUCACUCACAUUACCAUCCGACGGUCCCGGAUGUUGGAGGAUGGCUACGAGCAGCUCCGGCAGCUCUCCCAGCAUGCCAUGAAGGGUGUGAUCCGUGUGAAGUUUGUCAAUGACCUCGGAGUGGACGAGGCAGGGAUUGAUCAAGAUGGUGUUUUCAAGGAAUUCUUGGAAGAGAUCAUCAAGAGGGUGUUCGACCCGGCACUCAACCUGUUCAAGACAACCAGUGGGGAUGAAAGACUCUACCCUUCACCCACGUCCUACAUUCAUGAGAAUUACCUGCAGCUCUUCGAGUUUGUGGGGAAGAUGCUGGGGAAAGCUGUGUAUGAGGGAAUUGUGGUGGACGUGCCCUUCGCAUCCUUCUUCCUGAGCCAACUGCUUGGGCACCACCACAGUGUCUUCUAUAGCUCUGUGGAUGAACUUCCUUCCCUGGAUUCCGAGUUCUACAAAAACCUCACUUCCAUUAAGCGCUAUGAUGGGGACAUCACUGACCUGGGCCUGACGCUGUCGUAUGAUGAAGAUGUGAUGGGUCAGCUUGUUUGCCAUGAACUGAUUCCUGGAGGGAAGACCAUUCCCGUUACAAAUGAAAAUAAAAUUAGCUACAUCCAUCUGAUGGCGCAUUUUCGAAUGCACACUCAAAUAAAAAAACAGACAGCUGCCCUCAUUAGUGGAUUCCGUUCCAUUAUCAAACCCGAGUGGAUCCGAAUGUUCUCAACCCCUGAGCUGCAGCGCCUCAUCUCCGGUGACAAUGCAGAGAUUGAUCUGGAAGAUUUAAAGAAGCACACGGUAUACUAUGGCGGCUUUCAUGGAAGUCACAGGGUCAUCAUCUGGCUCUGGGAUAUUCUAGCCUCCGACUUCACGCCCGAAGAGAGAGCCAUGUUUCUGAAGUUUGUGACCAGCUGCUCCAGGCCCCCGCUCCUGGGAUUCGCCUACCUCAAGCCUCCUUUCUCCAUCCGCUGUGUCGAAGUGUCAGAUGACCAGGACACCGGGGACACCCUAGGCAGCGUCCUCCGAGGCUUCUUCACCAUCCGCAAGCGAGAGCCAGGCGGCCGCCUCCCCACCUCCUCCACCUGCUUCAACCUGCUCAAGCUGCCCAACUACAGCAAGAAAAGAGUCCUGCGGGAGAAGCUGCGCUACGCCAUCAGCAUGAACACAGGCUUCGAGCUCUCCUAGCUCCCGGCCCCACCACCUGCCCUCACACACUUCUGGGCUGCCAAGGACCUUCAGCUCCUGGAGGCAGCUUUCCUCUGGGAGCACAACCAUCAUGCCAGGCGACAUCAGUCUCCAGCCCUCUCUAUAGUCGUGAGACUCUCCUGUGGCCUCAAGAACUUCGGACGUACGUAACGACUCCACGCGGAGUUCUCCAGGUGAAAUUGCAGGGAAAGGGUUGUUGAAAAUAAACCCCCGGAUUCUGCCAACAUCGGUCCUUUCUUCCUUACUUUCCAGUGGCCUAAAGCCUGGGCCUCGUGAUUGUAGAGGGGCUUCUCUUUCUGACAGUUUGGUCUUUUUGUGAAUCUUUCUCUUUCCUUAGCCUUGUGAGUGAGCUAUGCAUAAACAGCCCCAGGAGUCCCAAGGGUCCAGAGUGGCCUUCAUGACGUGGGCUUGAGUCCACAGAGCCUGCUGCGCGUACGGUACUCUCCUUCCGUUUCUGAAAACUCCUCACUCAGGUAAGGCCUGGCCAAGCCUUUAUGCACCCGACAGUCUCUGUCUGUGUCCCGUCCACAGCAGCCUCCUUCCCGCCAGCCUGGUCCUUCCGCUCCCAGGGAAGCACAGGCUCCUGCCGGGAGGCCACGGGCACAGGAGCUCAGGAUGUGGUGCCCACCUGGAAGCCACGCAGCCCCCAGCUGCCAUCCCCUCGCCCCAGUCUCUCCUCAGAUCUUCAGUCCUCUACAACUAAGCUUCCAGUGAGUCUCCCUGGCUCUGUCUCCCCCUUCUCGUGCAAGCACAUUGGCAUCCUCGGUUUGGGAGAAGAAAAACCAUUGGCCCUUAGGAGCAGCUCCAUUUCCAGAAUGUGCUACGACCCAGCUUCCCAAGGGAAGCUGCCUUUUUCCCUGCUUGUUUGCCCCACUUGUUAUCUAAUGAGGAAACAAACACUCACCUAAGUUACCAUAUCCCAGGUGGGCACUGGCUUUACUCCACAGAUGGUAAAAUCCCAAGAAACAUGGGUCUUGCCACCAGCCAGGUCCUCCGCACAGGCCGGCGAGUCCUUGGCACGGGCAGAGGCUUGCAAGGCAGAGGAAACACAUCCUCUGGGCUGGUUUUCUUAUUUUACUUUUUCUCUCCCCGAUCCAUUGUGCUGCUCUGCCCUCAUUCUUCACUUAUGUCAUGAAAACUUUAUUCUAAAUCCAGGGAAUUGAGGCGGAAGGCCUUGUUAGGUGGUCUGUGUCGACAGCCACCCACCCUCUCCCACCUCCUCCUCUUCCUUUUGUACACCACCCCCACUCCCAAGAUUGAAGACAGAUUAGAAGCCAGGUGUGCCUGGCCCAGUGGCCGCCUCCACUAUUGCUCUGUGGAGCCGGCUUAGGGCUUGCAGCUUUCUUCAGUGCAGCAAAACCCCUUGAGCAAGGAACCCUCAUGUUGGCACCAAAGCUGCAGGACCCGCCCCCAUGGCCGGCUUCAUGAGUGUCCGCUGGGUCCUAGAGUCCAGCCGGGGUCUGAGCCUGGAUGUGGCAGAGCCCCUGAGCUUCUGGAGAACAAUGUUUAUAUUUUACUGUGAUGGAAAGAUGGCCAGGACUUUAAAUAGACAGCAUCUUUUUAUUAUUAUCAUGUAAAAUUUGUUGGCGACCUCUGAUUCCAUGGACGUCCUUAAACGCCUGAUUCCUUUGAAGAUUUCUUAACACGGGAGUGCACUGAGCAAGUUUGUACAUACCUGCUGGGGCCUAAAUAAUUGUCAGCCUGCAAAAAAAGUCGAUCCCUGUACCGGGAGUUUGGGGAGGGUGGUUUAUAAGCACCAAUAUCAACUUUAUGUAUUAUUAUUAUUAUUAUUUGUUUUUUUGUUUUUUGUUUUUUGACAAGGAAAUGUAGUUUGUAAUUUCAUUUAACUUCUCAACAUCUGGAAAUAUUGCACUAUCUAAAACACUGAAUCUGUACUUUUAUAGCUGGUGUUCAAAUCAUGAUUACCAUGUAUUUGACAUCUUGAUGGCUCUUGAUGGCUCUAAAAAGUUGUGUUUUUUUUGUUUCCGUACAUAACUUAUGGAUUAAGAUAAGAUCAAAGGCUUUAUUAAAUUUGUACCUCAGCA